AUCCGACAAAGAAGUCAGUUUUCACUUUCAAACCGAGUGGUUAUUAAAGCGAAGCAGCGUCUGCUGAGCUUACUGGCGUUUUUUUUGUAUUGGAAAUUUGGUUGAUCUAUAUAUCGAAGAGCUUUAUAUAGCCAAGAGAGUUAUAAUUGUUUAGAACAAGGAAGUAAACGAUACUGCAGCGAAUUAAGUUGCUUAAAGUCAGCGUUUACGUCGAAUUAAGUGCUCCAUUUUUGAUCGAAAACCAAUAUUGAACUCUACAUAACAUGGAGGUAGUUCAGUUUUAUACUUUUGCAUUGAAGAUCUUUUUUGUUUUUGCUGUAACCUGUGGAAUACAUGGAAGCUACGGAGAAACUUCAACUAUUGGUUCUAUAACUUUGACGCCCUUUUUUACAUCUACGGCAUCUAGUGCAAUAUCUGUUAGUUCUAACCAAAGCCAAUCCUUGGAAACUGCAUCCAACUUCUCAAUAACAACAACGCCGUCUUCAGAAUCAACAACAUUAUUACUAUCACUAUCAUCAUCAACAUCAGCAAACACAACGGCAAUAACAUCAGCAGCAGCAACACCAGCGUCAGUAACAGCUGCAGCAGAAGCAACAACAGGAGCAACAGCAACAGCAGCAGCGACAACAGGAGCAACGACAUUUUAUCAUUAUUCCGUUAUUUCUCGAUCGUCUCUUGACAAAGAUUGUGGUCUAAAGAGUUCUCGACAUUUAAGUAAUGGUCCGAGUGCUCCCUCUGCCGAGAAAUCUUUUAYAGUUGAGGCUGUUUUACCGGCGGUCAACUGGACUGAUAGCCUAAGUGAUGCCUCCUCACCAGAAUUCAUAGCUCUCGAGGGAAAAGUCAAGAAAGAACUUACAACUUACUUUGAAARWGAACACYCCAAGACUUUUAGGAAAGUGGACGKCAUCAAAUUCGUAAAAAGCAGCGUAAAAUCUGUAUUCAAGGUGUACUUCGAAACGUCUGCAUCCAUAGAUGCCAAYUCGCUUAAAACCGAGAUUGAAAAGAUCGACAAGGGUGUUUUGCAGGGAGCAAGAGUGGAAAAAAUAUCACAGGAUUCUCCAAAUGAAGAAAAAAAGAAAGCAUCUAUAGAGACUUGGGUGAUUGUUGUCAUAGUGGCGAGUGUGGUGAUUCUAAUUUAUACAAUUGUGCUGAUAAUUCUUGUGGUUAAACURAGACGUCAAAAAAGGAAUGCACGUUUGCUAMUUAGAUCCUCUCACAUCGGCGAAGACGACACCACGUUCUUCAAGAUGGGUCUAGUGCGAGCGAAGACUGGGGACAAUAUGACGUCAAGUGAUGCAUAUGUGUGGAAAAAUCUWCACAAUGAUGGAGAAAAAAGCUUUCAGACCUUCAACACUGCUGAUAACCGUGCUAAAGGAGGUAAGGCUUCAAAUUCUGAAGGGAAAGAGAAUGGCAACGCUCGCCGUCAAAGUGGCCACUCUGAUACAGAUUCAGACACAAGCAGUGAGGAAUCAGACUCUCCUACUAAAUAAAGUACACUGAACACUURCAAAAAUAUAAUAUCAACAACAAGUAUCUUGCACGUACACAAAUAGCUGCACUGCAUCAGGUCGCUGCUUAUCUUCUCUGUUUCAUUUCAAGGACUUGUCUAUGUAGUUCAGAYUGUACUUUCUGCGUUUGAUAAGGUGCUUCUAAACAAACACUAGCCAAUUUCAAUACAAGACCGUACUUCUUUGCUGCAUAUCAAAGAAUUGUAUGUCAUUCGCGCGGGAUCACUGUGCAUUUUAGUUUUGGGCUUCAGUUAGUCAAUUCAUGGCAUAUAUGAAACAAACAAAAUGUCCGUUUAUUCAGAAGUCUUUUUGCUAUAAUAUCUGCAAGUUUUAGACGACUUCAAAGUUUAAUAGUCAAAAAUACACCAAAAACCUGUCCAAACGUAUUUCCAAAUAAGGCAAGAUUACCAUAUAUGGCUACUAAAGGAUGGACAACUUUUCUCACGCAAUUCUUUGAUGUGCAGCUUUGCUUGCAGCUUUGUCCUAUAGUGCACGAGCGUCGAGAAAAACGGCAAAACAAAACAGUAUAAUCAUAAUCAUGAUAGGAUGAAAUAGAAUUUACAGAUUGUAGCAAUUAACAUCGAUUUUGGCAUAAUUAUUUUGAAAGAUCCUAAACGUCAUUUGCAGUCAUUUGCAGACUGCCAGCUGCCAAUAGUUUUUUACUUCACGGUUCCCUCCGACAUCUUGAAAGGUACCCGUGCAUUAAUUAACUUCGAAGCAAGACAACCGUUUAGCAUGCAAUGAUAGAAAACCUGCAAAUAAUUGUCUGUAGGUGUGAAAGAAGGUUUCUAUCAUUGCACUCUCAACGGUCGUCUCGCUUUGAUGCAAAGGCACGGCUACUUUUUGAGAUGGUGCAGGGAACCGUGAAGGAGACUAUUCUAUCAAUGCCUUGCGCAUUKAUAGAAUAGUGCGCCAUUGAGGUUGUUUUUUAUUUCCUUUUGGGGAUUAGUGAAAAAUUUGGACUUCUAUUUGCUCAGUUUUGAGUAGUUCGAGCUGUCUUUUUUAUUCWUCAAAACGUUUAAAAUCUAAUUUCAAAUCGAAAAUGAGUAAAAUGCGCAUGGCAUUCUGGUGGUUSUAGUUAAAACAUUCCACCAUGCAAAUAGACUAAUUUUAUAUUAUAUAAUUAAGUGUUAUUGACAUAAUGCAAGAUAAGUAUCUACCAAACUUUAUAUGGGUUAUAACAAACCAGAAUUCUGGUUCUAUUCUGAUCUAUUCAUGAUAAAGCAUGACACAGAAAAUGUGUUUAUGGCCUUUUCUUUUCAAAUUUACCCAAUAGUUUGUUGGAUACUAAAAUAAUUAGACCACUUCUCGUCAACUGCGAGUUGAUAGUCMAUUCGUGGUGGAAACUAGUGGUAAACUAGUGAAAGAUAAAUUUCAUACCGUAAAAAUAGUUGAGACAACUUACUGGGGUUUCGGAUGUUAAUCCUUCAUCGGAGUGAAGAGUCCAUGCAUUCGUCCGAGUAAUGGUCCACGGACUAUAAUCUCGUAGUCAAUUCGAUCUUGUGGUCUAUUAAUCAUUAAUACUUAAAUUUGAUAAUAUUUUAAUCAAAAUCAUAAAUUGAUUUUUACAACCCUCGUAAGGGAGUGUCUGUUGACCAUGACCACACGUUAUAUGCACUUCUCAUGUUAAUCAGUUUAAUACAAUAUGAGAGGAACAGCACAAAUAUAUGGUUUUAACCAUAUAAAGGCUGACAAUAUAUUUUUUAAAUGUUUUACACGCAAASGAAAAGUUUAGCAAAAUAGAACUAGAGCUUGGAGCAUUUACUUUCAGUUUGAUAACAAAAUAAAAAUGAAAGAGUGCAUGGGCAGGCACAUAAAGUUCUAA